AUGGAGCCUGGGCGUACCUCACCAAACAGCGCCUCCGACACCGACGAGGUGAUGCUGCGCCAGACGCCACCUAUGUCGGGUGCUUUGCCCAUUGUCGCUGCUGAUCCGACCUCGGAUCUGCCCUCGGCGCCUAGACCCAGAGUCCGAGAGCGUCAAAAAAGCCAAAACAGCCUUCUCAUGGAGCUGCUCUCUCGCCGUAUGAGUCGACAAACCCUCCUACAGCACAACCAAUUCCGCACCCAACAACCACCUCUCACUCCACAAUCGCCAUCGCCCCUGGUUGAUAAUGCCACGUUUGACAACAGUCUGUGUGCCUCAAACGACAUGGCCAUGGAAAUUGACAUUGACGAGACCCUUGGUAGCGACUCUGCGUUACCUACACUGCCAUGUAUGCAGAAAACCCGCCCAUCACGGCGAUACUUACCUCUUCCCUACAUCGCUCCCACAGUACCUGAGACGAAGAUUGAUCCGGAUAUCGCUGCCAGAGUCCUUACCAGGAUGCAGGCCAACACACAGCCUGAGCCUGUCUCUACCUCCCCGUCUACAGGUUCACCUUCGGUCCAGCGUAUCGAAAUUGACCCUACUGAGCUGGCAGAUGACGAUAUCGAGGCCGAUGAGGGCUACGACGAAGGAUCUGAGGAAUUUCCCUGGCUGGGCGAGAAGCCUUCGAGUGGGCUUACUGGAGCCCUGAGGAACCAAGGCAUUCUCAGCUUCACUACAUCUGCCGAGGCGGCUUUGCGCUGUCCCAAACUUGUACGGAACGUCCCUCGCAUGCGGAAGCGGACGCAUAAGAAGAAGGAGCACAGACUCCGAACGUCGAGGGACUCGGCCCGCGAGCUGAGUCAAUUGCGGGCGCCCACAGCGGAUGCAUCUUGA